AGAGAGAGAGAGAGAAAAGUCACAGAAACAGCACGUAGCAAAGGUACAGUAUCUUAAUAACCACUGCACUGUCAGAAUCGAUCAGCUUCGACUCCUCUUCCACGGAAGUGAAGUGAAGUUGGAGAGUGAUGUUUGUUCCUCGGAUAAUCCAACCCCUCCCUCUCUCCUCUUGUAUCACAUCACCACUGGAUAUCCGUAUACUUACUACCUAGGCAUUUAUCUACCAUGGAGAACUCCAACUUGUCUUUUUCAUCCUGUUUCCCUUUACUCACAUUCACAUCCAUCCAACCCUUCCUAAAUCCUAAGAACAGCUGCUGCUUCUUCUCAAAAUGUCCCAAGGCACCCGUCUCCAAGACAAAGUCGCCAUCGUAACCGGAGGCAGCUCUGGCUUCGGCGCCGCCAUCGUCCGACGCUUCAACGAAGAAGGCGCAAAAGUGAUAGUCGCUGACAUCGACCCCGAGGGCGGCGCAAACGUGGUCUCCUUGGACCCUGGAAACCUCGUGUUCCAGCGGGUGGAUGUCUCGAAGAAAGAAGACUGGAGAGCGGCGGUGGAUGUGGCGUUUACUCGGUUUGGGAGGUUGGAUGUAUUAGUGAAUAAUGCGGGGACGACGUAUAAGAAUAAGCCUACGCUAGAAGUCACAGAAGAGGAAUGGGAGCGUGUUUUCAAUGUGAAUGUCAAGGGAAUCUUCUACGGUUCGCAGGCUGUAGUGGGACGGUGGAUUGAGCAGGGCCACGGCGGUUCGAUGAUUAAUAUUUCGUCUACGGGGGCGUCGAGGCCUAGGCCUGGGUUGGUUUGGUAUAAUGCGUCGAAGGGGGCUGUUUCUAAUGCAACGAAAGGUCUGGCUGCUGAGUACGGUCCACAUAAUAUCCGUGUUAAUACUGUUUCUCCUCUACUGUCUGGGACAGGGCUGUUCAGUAUGUUUACUGGGAUGGAGGAUACCCCGGAGAAUAGGGAGAAGUUUAUCGGGAAUGUGCCGUUGGGUAGGUUGACAGAUCCAGAUGAUGUUGCGAAUAUGUGUGUCUAUUUGGCGAGUGACGAAGGGGCCUUUAUCAAUGGAACGGAGAUGAUUGUAGAUGGUGGAAAGUGUAUUUAAUUUGGUGUGUUUUUUUCUUCUUCCCUUAAGGGUGUUGCAGGCUAAGGAAAAUAUAUUAGGUAUUGU